AUGCUUACCGUUCUUGAGAAUAGUCGGGUGUCUCCGCCUCCUGCCACCGUUGGGGAGAGGUCUCUCCCGCUUACAUUCUUGGACAUGAUGUGGCUAUCCCACAUCCCGGUCCACCAGACUUUCUUCUAUGAGUCCACUCACUCUAAAGAAUAUUUCUUGGAAACAAUUGUGCCGAACCUCAAAAAUUCAUUAUCAAUCACUCUUCAACACUUCUUCCCAUUUGCAGGCAACAUAAUUCUGUUUCCUAACCCAAGUGUAGAGAAAAAACCUGAAAUCCGUCAUGUAGAGGGCGACUCUGUUGCAGUUACCAUUGCCGAGUCUACUCUUGAUUUCAAUGAUCUUACAGGAAAUCAUCCUCGUAAGUGUGACAUGUUUUAUCCACUUGUACCUCUACUUGGACGUGCAGAACAAGUAUCUGACUACCUUAUCAUCCCACUUUUUUCUGUGCAAGUUACACUUUUUCUUAACUCUGGUUUCUGUAUUGGGCUCACAAACCACCACUCCCUUUGUGACGCAAGCACAAGGUAUAAUUUCCUCGAGGCGUGGAGCUCAAUUGCUAAACAUGGAACAGAUGAGUUUUUCUUAGAUAGGGGAUCUUUACCGUUUUAUGAAAGAGUGCUUAAAUACCUAAGCUCAUUAGAUGAAAUUUCCUUAAAUAUACCCGGGUUUCCAGCUAUUAAUAUGGAAUACCAGCCUCGUCAUCGUUUUAGACCUACUGAUAACGUUCGGGGCACCAUUGUCUUGACCCAAGCACAAAUCGGUGGGAUAAAGAACUGGCUAUUCACUCAACUGCCCAAACAUGGAUACAUAUCAUCUUUUUCUGUGGCAUGUGCUUAUAUAUGGCAUUGCAUAGCCAAAUCAUAUGUUCAUAUUGGAGAAAAAAAGGGAGAGGAUGACCUAGAAAGGCUUGUGUGUGCUGUGAAUUGGAGGCCCCGCCUCGAUCCACCAAUUCCUCAAACUUAUUUUGGUAACUGUAUAGGGGCAUCUAUCACAAAAAUAAAAAGCACCAUCUUAGGAAGCAACAAUGGAUUUCUUACUGCUUUCAAAUUAUUUACAAAUGAUUUAAGCGACACACUAAAGAAGAAGAAUGGAGUUAUUGAAGAUGGGGGGAUGUUGAUUAAGGCAGUAUUUACACAGAUACCGGGGAUUAUUGUGUCCGGAACACCAAAGAUCAAGUUCUACGAUUUGGAUUUUGGAUGGGGUAAGCCAAAAAAGCAUGAGACUAUAUCAAUAGAUUACAAUGGUUCAAUUUCUGUUAAUGCUACGAAAGAGUCACAUGCUGAUAUUGAAAUUGGUGUAACCCUUCCUGCAAAACAAAUGGAUGCGUUGCUUUCCAUAUUUAGCGAAGAAUUGGAGAGCAUAUUUCAGUGA